CUCCUCCUCCUCCUCCUCCGCCUCCCGCACUCGAGCAGCCGCCGCCGGCCGGACGGGCGCCGCUCCCGCCGCCUCCGCUCCGCCCGCUCGGCCGCGCCGCCCGCCCCUGCCUGGCAUGUCGGCAGCCGUGGCGUGCGUGGAUUACUUCGCCGCCGACGUGCUCAUGGCCAUCUCCUCGGGCGCCGUGGUGCACCGCGGGCGGCCGGGCCCCGAGGGCGCGGGCCCGGCCGCCGGCCUGGAUGUGCGCGCGCCGCGCCGCGAGGCCGCCCCGCCCGGGCCCCCGGGGCCGCCGCCGCCUCCGGCCCCCGCCGUCCCGGGCCCAGGCCCCGCCGCCGCCGCACCCCACCUGCUGGCCGCCAGCAUCCUGGCCGACCUGCGCGGCGGGCCCGGCGCCGCUCCAGGGGGCGCCUCGCCCGCCUCCUCCUCUUCGGCCGCCUCGUCCCCGUCCUCCGGCCGCGCCCCCGGCGCCGCGCCCGCCGCCGCCAAGAGCCACCGCUGUCCCUUCCCGGGCUGCGCCAAGGCGUACUACAAGUCCUCCCACCUGAAGUCGCACCUGCGAACGCACACAGGUGAGCGGCCCUUCGCCUGCGACUGGCCGGGCUGCGACAAGAAGUUCGCGCGCUCCGACGAGCUGGCCCGCCACCACCGGACGCACACGGGCGAGAAGCGCUUCCCCUGCCCGCUGUGCUCCAAGCGCUUCACCCGCAGCGACCACCUGACCAAGCACGCGCGCCGCCACCCCGGCUUCCGCCCGGAACUGCUCCGGCGCCCGGGUGCCCGCAGCGCCUCGCCCAGCGACUCGCUGCCCUGCAGCCUGGCGGGCAGCCCCGCGCCCAGCCCGGUGCCCAGCCCGGCCCCCAACGGCCUGUAGAGCCCCGGGUCCAGCCGCCCUGAGCGCGCCCGCGCUGGGCCUGGGCAGGGAACACCAGCAACGCGACUGCUGUCCCGGGCCCGGGGCGGCGCACGGACUGACCGCCAGCCCGGCCCUUCCCAGUGUCCCCCCCCCGAGGGCCCCCAAGAUGCCCCUGCCCCCUCGAGAAGACAAGGAGGGGUUCUGAGACUGAACCGGGGUCGCCCGGGCCUUGGAGGUUGCUCUCGGGAGGGGUGGCGCCCCGUGUCUGUAUAUAGCCAUGAUCUCUUAAUUCUCUUCCCAGCCGUUACACAGGGGACCCCGGGUGGGUGGCCAGAGGCGUCCCCUUCCCCCUCCGGCACCUCCCUGCUUUGGGAGACAUGUAGGUCUUGGGGGGGGGGGGUGGCCUAGGAAAGGCACCCCCUAACCGGUGUUCAGACUUGGCCCCCGGGCCCCUCUGUCUAGGUUGGGGUGAAGUGCACAGAGCCAUAGGUGAGCCGGAGGUUCCCGCGGGCUGCCUCGUGUCCCCCCCGCCCCCGGAGCCCCUCACCCCACCGAAAGCCAUUGGAGACGUUCAGGGAAACGGGGUGCGGCCCGGCCGCCCCCAUUCGGGUACUCAAUCUCAGGUGUCCACAGGUUCUGCCCCACUGCCCACGGGAGGGGCCCCUCAGCUCCCCGGCCACGAGGGCUGGGUGGGGAUGGGGGGGAGGUGGUAGGGUUUCCAUAGGGGUCCCGGUUUUGCUUCUGAGACUUGGGGUAGGGAGGGAGAGAAACGGGGGUUCUUCCAAAGAGCAAUUUGACUCACGGUGGGGUGGGGCGAAUAUCGCGGGGUGGGAGUAAAUGCAGGCUUAUUUAUUUUCCUCUGUCUGCCAUGGGGGGGAGGGGGGCCGCACUGCCCCUCUGGGUGGGUGUGCGAGUGUGAGUGAGAGACUGGAGGGAAGCUGGCCCACAGCCGGCUCCCCUUUCCUGCAGGGGAAGAGUCCCCGACUUUGGCCUUGUGCAGCACCAUGUGACAAUCAAUCCCUCUUAUUUGGGACCAGGACAACCUUCGGGCGAGAUGCACCCCUUCCCUCCCUGCGGAUGGGGGCGAGGAGGCCCCGGGCCCUGGCUGCAUCCUGCCCAGGUCGGCCUGGCCCUCGGACCAGCGGUUGAGGUCCCGCCCACGCGGGUGGGAAGCAGGAGGGCUGACCCCCCCCCCAGCCCCCUGGGAUUGCUCGAUUUUUUUGAACCGAGUAGAAUAUUUUUUCAGGCGCCGAUCUCUUCCUUGAUCUGGGCCACGGUCGGUGGUCUGUUGUCCUCAGGGGUUGCGGGUGUGGGGGGGGGAGGGUCUGCGUGGUCUGAACUUGGGAUGAGGAGAGACAAAUGCCACGUCCCCUCUUGGUGUCUUCCCACCGUGGCUGCGGUUGGAUUUUAUUUUGGACAGAGGGACUGAAGACCCCGGCCCUGGAAUGGGAAGGGACCCAAACGCCCUGUCCCGUACCCCGAAAAGGCCUCUCCCUCCUUUGGCUGUACGAGGUCUGUGGCACCCCUCUUGUGUACCAGAACCUUCCUGUCUCCCAAUUGGAGUCGAGGGCAUUUGGAUGGCACUAGCGUGGACCUGAACCGGCCCUGGCAGGAUCCAGGGGCAGGUGCCUGGGGUCCAGGGGAGGGGGCGUGGAGGAUCUUCCCCCGCGGAAUUGGUGAGAUGCCUUAGUCCUGCGGGCGGGGGAUGGGGGAGGGGGGGCUGGCCCAGGCCUUGUUUUCCUUUGUGUCUGUCUGGACGCCCCCUAAUUGUCCCAGCCCUGGCCGGUGCAUGGCCACAGAAGGUGGACUGUGGUCCAAGGACCCAGGGAGCUGAGAACUCGUCCCUGGCCCCUCCCCAGGAUCCAGGGGACUGGUGGUCUUUGGGACCUGGUUCCAGCCAUUUAGCUGUGGCCUCUCGAGGUGGGGGGAGGGGGAGGGCCCCAAGGGACUUGUGCUUUCGGGUGACCCCCUACCCCCUGCCCUGCCUGGCCUCAUCCUGGUAUUUAAUUAAACAAGAUCUUUUUUUAAAACCCGA